CCCUUGCUGAGCACCGUAGUCAUUGUGGAAACAUGGCUUCCCACAGUAGCAAGGUGUUUCUGUGUCUGGGUCGAAUAAAUGCUAUUUUUCUAGGAGUUCAUAAAACUAUAAACGGCGCUACGUACACGAGGACGUUGUCUCUAAAUCGCACUGCUGGACACAAAGGUCCCUCUGAAAGAGGUGGUAGAGGAUCCAUGAAGAAUCCCAGGAGAGAACUGGCAGAGCCCCGAACAGAGAGGAUGUCUGUGGAGCAGGACUGGACUGCAGUUUAUCCAUCAGCAAUGCCCUUCAGACCAAAUGCUGUUCCUUUACCUGUCAGGAUGGGCUACCCCGUGAAAGGAGGUGUUCCACCAGAAAAGCAGGGCAAUCUGGAGCUUAUCAAGAUCCCAAACUUCCUGCAUUUGACACCAGCCGCCAUUAAGAAACACUGUGAAGCUCUAAAACCGUUCUGUACAGAGUGGCCCUCGGCCCUGGACACUGAUGCCAAAUGUGACCAGCAUUUUCCCAUUAAAGUAGAGACCACAGAUUACGUGUCUGCUGGGCCGUCUCUUAGAAACCCCUCCGCCCGAAUUGUUCAACUCAGAGUGAAGUUGUGUAGUCUGAGUCUGGAUGAUCAUGCACGCAAAAAGUUUAUCAAACUUGUGGGGAACAAAUACUGCAAAAGUUCGGACAUCGUUACCAUCACAACAGACAGCUGCCCUCUGAGAAAACAGAAUUACGACUAUGCCAUGUACCUGCUGACCGUCCUCUACCACGAGUCAUGGAAAAUAGAGCCCUGGGAGGCUGAGAAAACCCGUGCAGACAUGGAGGAAUACAUCUGGGAGGACAGCACAUCACAAAAGAAUAUUCUGGAUACAUUAAUACGCAUGAAGGUGGCCGGAGAAGGAGAAGGUGACGAGGUGAAAGCGCAGCUGCUGGGAAGGCAAGAAGUGCAGGAGUAUAAGGACUCGGUGUCAAGGCUGAAGAAUGAAGGAGAGAGUGAGAGCACCAUGCGUCAGUACAAAGAGGCAGUCAAGAAAGUUCUGAGUCUGUGAUCGAAGUUUUAUAAACCAGUGUACCGUCAUUAAAACCGUGUCAAACAGAAA